GUCCUAAAGGAGAAAAGGACGGUGUUUAUCCAAGCAAUGAACAAGGGCACAUUAAAUGGCUUGUUGGAUGAACUAUUAGCAGAAAGAGUUCUGAACGAGGAGGAGAUGGAGACAAUAAAGGAUGGAAAUACUACCAUUAAGGAUAAGGCCCGAGAUUUGAUUGACUCCGUCACUCGGAAAGGACCCCGCGCGAGCAAGAUAUGCAUCACUCAUAUUUGUGAAUUAGACCCCCUCCUUGCAGAAAAACUGGGACUCUCCUCAGCUUCCUCAGCAAUGCAGGACAGCCCAGCUAAGCUCACAUCCUCAGCACCAGGAAGCUUUCUUAAACUUUGCUCUCCAGAAGGCGCACAAAGGAUAUGGAAUGAAAAGUCAGCUGAGAUUUACCCAAUAAAAGAAAAGUCAACCCGCACACGUCUUGCCCUCAUUAUCUGCAACACAGAUUUUGAUACUCUUCCCAAGAGAACUGGUGCUGAUGUUGAUAUCAGAGGGAUGAAGAUGCUGCUGGAAGGACUGGGAUACAGUGUGAUUGUCAGAGAAAAUCUCACUGCUUCGGACAUGACAACAGAACUGAAGUUAUUUGCUGCCCGUCAAGAACAUGAGACCUCUGACAGUACCUUCUUGGUAUUCAUGUCACAUGGUAUUCGAGAAGGUGUUUGUGGGAAGAAGUACUCUGAGAAUGUCCGAGAUAUAUUAGAUGUCAACACUAUCUUUCAAAUACUGAACACCCGUAACUGUCCAAAACUGAAGGAUAAACCCAAGGUGAUCAUAAUCCAGGCCUGCCGUGGUGAAAACCAAGGAAUGGUGUGGUUAAAUGAUUCAGCAGAAAUAUCUUCAGAUAGCUGUUCACUGGAUCCAAAAGAUUGUGAGGAUGAUGCCAUUAAGAAAGCCCAUGUGGAGAAGGAUUUUAUAGCUUUCUGUUCUUCAACACCAGAUAAUGUUUCUUGGAGACAUCCAAUGCUGGGCUCUCUUUUUAUUAUUAAACUUAUUGAAAAUUUGCAAGACUAUGCCUGUUCCUGUGACCUGGAAACAAUUUUCCGAAAGGUUCGGUUUUCAUUUGAGAUGCCAGAUGGUAAAGUACAGAUGCCCACCACAGAAAGGGUGACUUUGACGAGAUGUUUCUACCUGUUUCCAGGAUAUUAA